CCCUUCCUAAUUACGCCAAAUAGAAAAUACAAAUCAGAUAUAUAGUUAAUUUUGUUUUCUUUAAUAACCGGAUAUAUAGUUAGUUUAUUCUGCCGUCAAUUUGCUUUCAAGUGAAGCAGACCUCCUAAUCGUAUACAAAUGCGAAAAAACCGCCAUUGAAAUACUCAUUUCAAGGUCAUGUCUCGAACCCUAAAUAUCAUCUCCAACAACGUUCAAGGCUAUGGACCAUCUGAGAGCACCUCUCUCCCGUGCUUGGGAGUUUCUGGAAGGGCAGUCAGUGUAUCAACUUGUCCUCGAAAUGAAUAUAAAAUUUCUCAGGUGAAAAUAAUAUCGUCAAAAUGUUCUUUGAAACAUAGGUCUUUUAUCUGCCAGGCAAAUAAUGGUGGUUAUAGAAGAAAUCCAGACUUCCCUAGGCAUAACAGGUCUGGAUACUCCCGAAAUAGGAACCGGUUGAAUGAAGAGAAGGACAGCUCUGAGAACCUUGAUGAAUCUGAGUUCUUAUCAACUAAAAAUGGGCCGUUACUUUCUCUUUCUAAUAGCCCAAAGUCCCAGGCUACUGCUACCCCAGGACCAAGAGAAAGGGAAAUAGUUGAACUCUUUAAGAAGGUUCAGGCUCAACUUCGACAAAGAGCAGUUGUCAAGGAAGAGAAGAAGCUUGAAGCUGUCAAAGGGCAAAAUAAAGAGAGCGAAACAGUUGAUUCUUUACUUAAGCUUUUGAGGAAGCAUUCAGUUGAGCAAGGUAAAAGAAAAGUGAAUGGUGGUGGUGCAAAUGAUUUCAAUUUUGAUCAUCCAAGACAGAGUGGGCAAUCCAACGAGGAAAAGAGCAAAAGCUUUUUCAGUUCCAGUAGUAUUGUUAGGGAAGAGCCUCAAGAAACUAAUAAGCCUUCAUUUACACGCCCACCAUCUGAAUUCCGGCGAAGGUCUCCAGUUCCUAGGAUCAAGUAUGAGCCAAUUGUCUCACAUUCAGAUCUUGAUGUAAGGACGGAUGAAGAAACUCUUAGUGAACUUGACCCUGAGGCUGAAUCAGAUUCUGAUCUGGAGCCGGAUAUGGAUCUGGAGUCAGGGCUAGAGCUAGAACAUGAAGAGGAGACAGAGGAGGAGGCUGAGGUAGAUUUGGAGGUGGAAGCUGAAUUUGUGGAAAGUCCUACAAUAAGUAAAUUGUCGGAGGCUGAGCUUUUAGAUGCCGAAGAAGAUUUUAUUGACGAGGAAGAUGCAGAAAAGGAGCAUACUGAAGACUUGAAUGCUAUGAAGCUAACGGAGCUGAGGGCGCUUGCAAAAUCUCGAGGCAUGAAAGGGUUCUCGAAGUUGAAGAAGUCUGAGCUUGUUGGUUUGCUCAGUGACGAUUCCAUGUAAUCCUUGAUGAGUAAUGCACUUGUACUCGUCUAGAGAUCAAUGAGAUUUCUCCUUUUUGGCUUUGCAUAUCAGUGUUCAGUUAGGUGAAAUGAGUUAUUUGUUCUUUAGGAUAGGCGCUGAUAAAUUAUUUCCCUCCCUCCUGUCAAAAUGUUUGAAUCUGGAUACCAAUUUGUUGUCGGUAAACUUGCUAUUUUAGUUGGUUUUCUGUUGGGCUAGGAAGGAAAUUCAGGAUUUGUGACUGGAUUUUUCUUGUUUUGCAUA